AUGGCUUUCAGGGGGUGGGCUGAGGAGGGCAGUGCAGGGGAAAAUGAAGUCAUAGGGAAACGGGACACUCAUCACUCUGACAGUUUUGAGGAACUUCUCAGUUUUAAAGAAUUAAAGCACAUUUUGAUGGCUGUCAGGGCCCACAAGCGACCUGAGGUGAGCUGUGAAGCUGGUUCGCUCUCUCUCGACCCAGAGAACCCUACGAAAUCAUGUAAGUCAAAAGGAUCGAAUCUUCGGGUUCACUUUAAGGACGCCUGUGAAACUGCCCAGGCCAUCAAGGGCAUCCAUAUCCGAAAAGCCACCAAAUACCUGAAAGAUGUCACUUUGAAGAAGCAAUGUAUGCCAUUCGGGGGGUACAAUGGUGGAGUAGGCAGGUGCACCCAGGCCAAACAGUGGGGCUGGACACAGGGUCGGUGGCCAAAAAAGAGUGCUGAAUUUUUGCUGCACAUGCUUAAAAAUGCAGAGAGUAAUGCUGGGCUUAAGGGUCUAGACGAAGAUUCUCUGGUCAUUGAACACAUCCAGGUGAACAAAGCACCUAAGUUGCACCAUCGAACCUACAGAGCUCAUGGCCGGAUUAACCCAUGCAUGAGCUCCCCCUGCCACAACGAGAUGAUCCUCAUGGAAAAGGAGCAGAUUGUUCCGAAGCCAGAGGAAGAGGUUGCACAGAAGAGAAAGAUAUCCCAGAAGAAACAGAAGAAACAGAAGAAACAAAAACUUAUAGCACAGGAAUAA